AGACAAUCGCAACAAAGCUCAGCCGUUGAUCUCAUCUACCACUCCCCUUGAUCUUCUCUACUUCGUAGUCAUAUUACUUCUCCCACUUCUCAGUCCCCACUCUAACCUUACUUCCGACGUCGUUUUCCAGUAGCUACUAUGGUGCUGAAGUCAUUCGUCGAAGUCCAACCGGAUUCUCAUUUCCCCAUUCAGAACCUUCCGUACGGCGUUUUCCGGCCCGCACCCGGUUCGGAGCCCAGACCUGGAGUUGCAAUUGGAGAAUAUGUAUUGGACCUAUCUGUCGUCGCCUCGGCCGGUCUGUUCGAUGGCCCGGUUCUUAAAAACUCCGAUUGUUUCAAUCAGGUUAAUCUUAACAAGUUCGUGGGAUUGGGACGACCUGCAUGGAAGGAAGCUCGUGUGACAUUGCAAAAGCUAUUGUCAGCCACAGAACCAACACUGCGUGAUAACCCAAGUUUAAGGCAGAAAGCGCUUGUGCCUGUGGUACAGGUCCAAAUGCUUCUUCCUGUUGUGAUAGGUGACUAUACCGAUUUCUUUGCAUCAAUGCAUCACGCAAAGAACUGUGGACUUAUAUUCCGAGGCCCAGAAAAUCCAAUCAACCCAAAUUGGUUCCACAUUCCUAUUGCUUACCAUGGUCGUGCAUCAUCUAUUGUCAUAUCUGGCACUGAUAUCAUUAGACCAAGAGGACAAGGCCAUCCACCUGGAAAUUCUCCACCCUAUUUUGGACCUUCUCGGAAGUUGGACUUUGAGAUGGAAAUGGCUGCUGUAGUUGGCCCUGGAAAUGAACUGGGGAAACCUGUGGAUGUUAACGAGGCUGCAGAUCAUAUCUUUGGACUUGUUUUGAUGAAUGACUGGAGUGCAAGAGAUAUUCAGGCAUGGGAAUAUGUGCCUCUUGGUCCUUUUCUUGGCAAAAGUUUUGGUACGACUAUAUCCCCUUGGAUUGUGACUUUAGAUGCUCUUGAACCAUUUGCUUCUGAUGCUCCAAAGAAGAAUCCUCCACCCUUGCCAUAUCUUGCUGAGAAGAUAUCCAAAAACUAUGACAUCUCCUUGCAGGUAUCCAUUAAACCUGCUGGCGAAGAAGAUAGAUGCAUUGUCACAAGAAGCAACUUCAAGCACCUAUAUUGGACAAUCACUCAGCAACUUGCACACCAUACCAUCAAUGGCUGCAACUUAAGGCCUGGUGAUCUCCUUGGGACUGGGACCAUCAGUGGACCUGAACCAGAAUCCUAUGGAUGCUUGUUAGAGUUAACCUGGAAUGGACAAAAACCUUUAUCUUUAGGUGGAUCAACUCGUAAAUUUCUGGAAGAUGGAGACGAAGUCAUUUUUACAGGCUGUUGCAAGGGGGAUGGUUACCUUGUUGGCUUUGGAACCUGCUCGGGAAAGAUUCUCCCAUCACCAUCUUGAAAACCAGUUUUUGCUGGUUUGGACGUGUUUUUCUUCCUCUCUUGACCUCCAAAUUCGCAGGUGUAUACUCAGGAGACUGGACUAGCCAUUGUUUUAUGGAAAUAUGUUAUGCAUUCAUCCUCGUACUGCAAAUAAUAACUCAGACAUAACAUGCCUAGUUGUUGAAUGAAGUUUUUCGAGUAAUUGCAGAAAAAUUGGAAGUA